AUGAAGAAGAUAGAAGUUGAGCCGCUUCCUUCAUUCAUUAUGCAAAGGCUUACUCAUGUUGUUUAUUGCAACAUUUCUACCGAGCUUGUUCGCGCUCAACCGCGAUGUUUUUCAAGAAUCCGCAGAGCAUGGAAGAAAAUUACAAAAGAAAACAACUUGAAUAUUAGAAUUUACUUUCCAGCGAUAUCAUUUAAUUCGAAAUCUAUUAACAGUUACCUUAGCAGUUCAAAAUUAAUUUUUAAUUCUAGAGAAAAAGGUUUCUAUUUUGACGCAAAAGAUACAAACACACAACCAAAUCGUGAACUACAGACAACACAAUACUUAAGACAAGUUAUGUACGAAACGGAUUUUCUUCAAACUGGAAAUUUUUUUGAUCUACCUAUCUCUGUGAUGUUCUUUUCACUUGGAACGGAACAGCCAGUAACAAGAAAAUUCCCUAUGUGGGCGCAAUACACAAUCGAUCAAGCUUCAGGAAUUCAUGCCAUUUAUGAAGAGGCAAAACUAGAAGAAAUAUUGCAAGCUUUUAUUAUUAGAUCACUUAAAUCUCGAUUAGAUCGAUUAGUUGAUAACGCACGAGCAGAUUACCUCAAUAAAAAAGAUUUUAUUAAUUUUCGAAGGGUAAUUGAUGCAGAAGCAUGCAAAGGUAAUCACAAAGCAGCUUAUGUACAAGUUAAAGAGCUGUUAAAGAGCCCAAAUAUCCCUGUUGAAAUACAAACAAGUUCAAUUUUUCUAAAAAUUGAAUUAGAGAUCAUUUUAGGUGAAAUCAGCAAUGAUACAAUCAACGAUAUACUUCAAUGCAUCGAGUAUUCGCCAACUUAUGAAUGGCGUCUCCUUGCAAUUCUUAUUCAUUUUUGGAUUUCAUUUAAAAUGUCAAAACCAACAACAUCAGAGAUAGAACGUUAUAUAAUCUCAGAAUCCCCAAUUAAUCUGAUCGUUAGACCCUUCUUACUCGAGCAAAUUUCGAUUUUCAAAGGAAAAUCUUUGCCAUUAACUUUAAUGCAAGCAUCUGAACUCCAUAGAGCCACAGGAAAUGAAGAACAUUGUCUAAGAUGUUAUUGGCGUGCAUAUAAUUCCAUUUCUUCCACAAAUUUAUACGAUGCCAAAAAUUAUUUACUUCAUUCCAUUGUUUCCACACUAUUUCAUGAGAAACCGGAGUCAGCGGCACUCAUGUCACCAUAUCUAGGUGAACUUCUCAAGGAAACACACAUCCAAAAGGCUCCAAUCACUGCGACAUAUCUGGCAUUGACAGAACCAACGGAAGUUUUUGAGUGUAACUUCAUUAAAGUGUCACUUAUUGAUGUCUCAUUUGAUUCUCCUAUUACUGGUCCUUCCAAUUACGAAGAAGACUGGUAUCAGACCGCAAUUCGUUUGUUUAGUUUCAAAAACAGGGAAAAGUUUUUGA